AUGGCUAAACAUUCAAGAAGAAUAGACUCAACUGAUGACGAAACUACACCUGACUUCAAGUUAACAGUGACGCCUCCUAGACGAAGUACAAAGACGAUUUCAUAUAAUGAAGAUGACGACGAUGAUGGUGAGGCCACAAUUGAAGCUCCAGUGGAUGAACAGGCUCAUCUUGACAAUGACAUUGUAAAGCAAGAGGAACCUGAUAGUGAUGAUCCAUUUGCUGUUCCCACAUCACCUGAAAAAGAUGACGAUAGUGAGGAUUAUGUCGAAGAGUCAGACGCAGAAAUUAGAGGUCCAGGAAGGAAAAAAAGAAAGCUUAGCAAAAAGCAGAAAUCAAGAGGGAGAUCAAGUAAACCACGCAUAGAUAGCGAAGACGAGGACUUUCGAGAUGAUGGUGAUGAUGAUGAAGACGAGGACGAUUUCACUCUUUCUGAUGAUGAUUUCAUUGAAAGAAAAAAACGAGAGAAUUUCAUAGUGGAAGAUGAAAACGAUUGGGAUGACGAGGAAGAUGAAUAUGGGGUUAAACCAAAAAAGAAAAGAGGUCGUAAAAAAAAGGGUAGAUCUGUUUCGGUAGAGCCGAGAAGGGCAACCAGAUCGGGCAAGGUUUUGCAAGAAGAUGUGGAGUACAAUGGAGAUGAUACUCGCGAUGAUAUACAAGACGACGUGGAUGAUAUACAGAGGGAGAUUGCUGAACUAUACGAUUCAUCACCGGUACGUGACUCCGAACCCUCACAACAUAAAUUGAGACAAAGAGCAAAAGUCGAUUACACCAUACCACCACCUAUUACCAACGACUUGAUGCUUGAGAGACCUUCGACCCCGGUAACUGUAAGAAACAGACGAGGAAGACCCGCCAACAAGAGUGAAUUUCGAAAAAUAUUGUACCCCACAGCUGGCCCCUUUGGUGGUAGUGAUGUCAUAUCUUUAUUUGGAACAAAUAUUCCACCUGGGGGUAUUCCCUUGCCAGGCAUGACAGAUCCAAAUAAUCUUACUGCAAUUGGUCAAAAUGUCAGUGACUCAGAUAGUUCUGAAGAUGAAAUUGCCCCUAUCAAUGGGGAAGCUACCAUCAGUCACAAGGUAAAAAAGCCCUCUAGGUCAGAUGGAAAGCUACUUACAGGUGGUUCAGAUGACAAGAGAAAGGGAAAGAAUAGUUUGAGUGAUACCGAUCCUCUUGGGGUUGACAUGAACAUCGACUUUUCCGUCGUUGGAGGUUUAGACAAUUACAUAAAUCAAUUGAAAGAGAUGGUCGCUUUACCGCUAUUGUAUCCGGAGUUGUAUCAGAACUUCGGUAUAACACCACCUAGAGGUGUGUUAUUUCAUGGCCCCCCAGGAACCGGUAAGACUUUAAUGGCGAGAGCUUUGGCAGCAAAUUGCUCAACACCAGAGCGUAAAAUUACAUUCUUUAUGAGAAAAGGUGCUGAUUGUUUGAGCAAGUGGGUUGGGGAAGCAGAGAGACAAUUGAGGUUAUUGUUUGAAGAGGCGAAAAACCAGCAACCUUCGAUAAUUUUCUUUGAUGAAAUUGAUGGUUUGGCUCCGGUGAGAUCAUCUAAACAAGAACAAAUUCACGCAAGUAUUGUCUCGACGUUAUUGGCAUUAAUGGAUGGUAUGGAUAAUCGUGGACAGGUUAUUGUUAUUGGUGCAACAAAUAGACCUGAUGCAAUCGACCCUGCCUUACGUAGACCUGGGAGAUUUGAUCGUGAGUUUUAUUUCCCAUUACCUGAUAUCAACGCUAGAAAGGAGAUUUUGACCAUCCACACAAGGAAAUGGACCCCACAAUUGGAUGAAUCGUUUUUAAGCAACCUUGCCGAGCUCACAAAAGGAUAUGGAGGUGCAGAUUUGAGGGCAUUGUGUACCGAGGCAGCGUUGAAUAGUAUCCAACGAAAAUAUCCUCAAAUUUACGAAACAAAUCACAAGUUGGCAGUGAAUCCAGAAAAGGUUAGGGUUAUCGCAAAGGACUUUAUGAUGGCUCUUGACAAAAUUGUACCUUCGAGUGCAAGAUCCACUUCUUCUGGUUCUGCUCCGUUACCCGAUAAUUUGAAACCGUUACUACUGGACAGUUUUGAGCAAAUAAAAUCAAAACUAAAAGAUUUGAUACCAGUAUCUAUUAGUGUAGCGGGACGCAAAAAGCUCACUACCUUGGAAGAAGCCAAAUAUCUUGAUCCAACUGUUCACGAUAAAGAUGGUGGGUUUGGUAAACAGCAAUUGUUGAAGAAUUUGGAAAAUGCAAGAAUUUGUAGACCACAUUUGUUGGUUAGUGGUGAAGAGGGCAAUGGGCAACAGUACCUUAGUGCAGCUGUUCUCAACUAUCUCGAAGGAUUCCAGGUGCAGUCGCUAGAUCUUGGAACAAUGUUUGGUGACUCUGCAAGAACGACGGAGCUGGCCAUUAUUCAAGCCUUCAUUGAAGCUAGAAGGCACCAGCCUGCCAUCAUUUUAAUACCAAAUAUUGAUGUAUGGUAUCUGAUUUUACCAGACUCUUCAAAAGCGACAUUAUUAAGUCUACUACGUGGAUUGAGAAGCAACGAAAAGAUAUUGUUACUAGGCUUUUCAGAGACUCCAUUGCACUAUUUGGAUGAUAGAAUUAAAAACUUGUUUGGAAUGGAAAAUUCAUCAAAUAACGUCAUUUUGCAGAAUCCAAAUAAGCUGGCAAGGAAAGAAUUUUUCCUGACGGCAUGGAAGACAAUAUUGAUGAAACCGUAUGAGUUUAUCAAUGACUUGCAAAAUAGACCGAAAAGGAAAUUGAAGCAGUUGAAAGUUGUUGAAACUGUGGCAAAUUUGUCUGAUAAUGAAUUACUCAAGAAGAAGCAAAAGGAGCAGGAAUACAACGACACCAAAUUGAAAAACACACUCAAGAUAAAGUUGGCCAGUUUGAUGGAUUUGUUCAAAGUAAGGUACAAAAGAUUCAAAAAACCGAUUGUUGAUGAAAACUUGCUAUACCAUUUAUUUGAUCCCACAAUUUUGGAGAAUCCACUUAACAAUUACCAAGUUUUGUACACCAGAUCAGAUGAACCGGGUCACGAAAAUAUGAUAAAGGAAAUUGCUACUGGUAAGGAUUAUCACAAUAUGGAUCUUGACACAGUUGAGGAGAGGUUAUGGAAUGGUUUUUAUAGUGAACCAAGACAAUUCCUCAAGGAUCUCAAAUUGAUAUUGAAGGAUUGCAUUACUUCGGGAGAUCGGGAAAGAAUUUUGAAAGCAAAUGAAAUGAUUACCAAUGCCCAGUUUGGUAUCGACGAUUUUACAACUCCGGAAUUUUUGAAAGCUUGUAAAGAGAUGAGGGAGAGAGAUAAGGCCAAGCAAGAGAGAUUGUUGAAAGAAUACGAGGGAUUGAAGGCAACGCUUCAAAAUGGUACCACAGAGCAGCAACCUCAGGAUGCGGCUCCAUUGGAAAACAAUGCGAGUGUUAUCAGUGUCGCCGAGCAAAAGCUCUCAUCCAAUCCUCUUCCCGAUGAAGAUAUUUCACACGGGGAUAUAAAUGAACCUAAUGAUGCCAUGGAUGUGGACAUAGCUCAGAAGGGUGAUGAAGGGUCGUUUGUUGGAGUGGGGGAGCCACCAAAAGUGGAAGAAAUUAAAGAAGAGAAGAUGGGCAUGGAGAAAUCCAAUAAUGAUGCAAUGCAUAUGAAGAAAGGUGAAGGGGAGGAACAGACGGAAAACCCACAAGAGGACAUAGUCGAGGAGUCAUCUGAAUCGGAAGCUGAGGAGUCAAUCGAAAUCGAUCACGCGAAGGAGAUAAUACUCGACAAGGAAUUGUACGACAAGUUAAGAAAACAAGUAGUCAAGCUCACGGACCAAUUCACAGUUGACAAGUUGGAAAUGGUUAUGGCCAGAUUGAUGGAUAUCGUUUGGACCGAUAGAAAUGAAUGGGAUAAAACGUCGACUCUACACAAUAUUGAAAAAGUGUUGACUUCGUUUCAACCGGCAUCUUGA